AAUCACACCACGUGGUUAGACGUCGCAUAACACUGAACUUAUUACUAAAUAGAAAGAAAAUAAAUUCUUUAAAUUACGUCUCGAAUACUCGAUAUUGUAUUAUUAACCGUCGCGGGGAAGUUACGCUCGAUCAAACCCAAAACAAACAAUAUCACACAUAUCGCCGAGCUGUUGAAUAUUUCAAUGUGUAAAUUAUCAUUCGUUUGCUUAAGUUGUCUAUUAUUAAAAUUUAAUUAGCGGCAUGUAUAAUUUCCAGUCGGUCGGCAAUUUGUUUCGUGUUUGUGGAACAAAAAUUGUAUUACACAACAAACAAUCACACAUUUCGGUAUCAUAACCAUUAUCAGUUGAGCAAAUGAACCAUGAAUGAAAUAAAAUUAAACGAAUAUGCAAUUAUCAACAUGUAAUUUGCUUGAGUGAAUACGGAGCGACAACGUACACAAUCUGGUUAUGCACGACAGCAACGAGAAUGGAGCGAUAGAAUGAUGAUGGAGGGGUGUGAGACAUCUACCUGUGUGUUAACUGCUAAUUUCAUCCGGGAACAAAAUACUUUCAGUCGUUGGCAUCCAUAAGCAUUACAUCCGCUAAAUUCUCUUGAGUUCCUGUUCCCAUUCGCACAUUCUCAUAAAUUUCAAUAUGAAAUGAUGGACCAUUCGGAAGAGUCGCAACCAUAGCAAAUGAAUUUUCGCAACGUGACAACCGACAAUACGCACACCGUGCGCACACACAAUCGCACCUAAACACACAUACGCCAACACACAGCCACAACCACCACCACCACCAUCUCGUUUCCAGCGAAACUCAUUUUGCAGCUUUGGCAUUUUCGGUGGCGCCGUUUUCGAGAUUCAUCGGGCCACGUCAAUUGCGUACUAUGAAUCCGAGCCACAUUCUAUCACAGGAAUUCUUUGCAGCGUCAAUGCUUCGUGGAGACUUCGAAUGAUAUAUUUUUUAGGCAAUGAUACUGUUCGAAGAAAUUGCUUUGCUAAUUUUAUCAGUUCAAUUCAAAAUGCUCUAAAAAUGAAAUAUCGAUGACUGGUGUAUAUGAAAAUGAUAUUCAUAUAUGAUGACAUAUUCAAAUCACAACGAAUCAUUUCUAAAUUAUGUGUCGUUAGGUCAAUAGAUGAGUUAGAAAUUAAAAUGAAAUAUAAGUGAUUCAACUUGCUUUUUUUGUUCGUUAAUGGCGUCUCUAAGCGAGCAGAAUUGCCACAACAUUUUUUUAAUUCACAAUUUUUAAUUCACAUUUUUUUUUGUAUUAAUGUUGUGAAUUGGUCUUUUAUAAGUACUAUCAGUUGUGAAUUGUUCAUAAAAACAUUCUCUGUGCUAUUCAUAUUCAUAUACUAAACCAAUACUGUUGCAAUAAAUUUUCAAUAUACGGCUGAAUAAACUUGUUUACGAGCUGACGUUUUGCGAGCGAGUUUUGCUUAUCAGCUGAUUUUUGUAGAUAGCAGAAUUUUGAACGACACAAUCACAUAUUUAUUAUCAAUAAUAAUGGAAUACUUGUUUUCGUGAUAAUUUGAACAAAUCAAAUCAAAGCAGCAGCUGGAGAAUUCAUUUUAGAGCACUUGGUAUCAGCGUCAUUGGUGACACGCUCUUCAGGAAUUGAAUGAUUUGUCACAAAUCAUUCGUGCGAUCGAAGUUUUGUUUAAAAGUGCCGAACACGCAAUCAAUCGUUUCAUUCAGUGAUUGAACAUUGAAUGUGUUGUUUAUCGAUUAGGACGUGAUUUUAAAUUUCAUAAUGACAUUUCUAAGAAUGGCCACUUUUAAAAUACUCGUGAUUUUUUUUAUGUUCGAAAGUAGUUUGGCAAAACCAUCAUUUUUGAGACGAUCGAGGGUCAACGAUUCCAAAUUAAUUGUCAUCUCAAUGGACGGUUUAAUGUUUAGCCAGGUCCGAGAAAAUACCAUGCCAUUCAUUGCACAAUUUUAUAAAAACGGAGUUCAUUGUCCACGGCUUCAGCCAGUUUUUCCAACAAAAACGCUGGUCAACCAUUUCUCCAUAGCAACAGGUUUAUAUGCUGCAAAUCAUGGCGUAACAGCGAAUGAGAUCUACGACAACGAGAGUGGUCGAUUAAUCAAGUACUCAUCUGAACUGUUCAUGAUGAAGAAAGAUAUUACACCGAUUUGGACGCUUAAUGAAUUGGCCGGCAAACAUUCGGCUGUGUCGAUGUGGUCGGCGGCUGAGUUCGAAUAUCAAGGAAAAAAACUCACCUACAAUGAACCAUUCAACAGAAAAACGCAUUGGAAACAACGCAUCGACAAUAUUAUCCCGUUGCUGACACGAAACGAGUCUCAAGUCGAUCUUGUCAUGUUCUAUGUUGAACAUCCUGAUUUCGAAAGUCACGCAUUUUCUUCACAUUCGAAACAGGUGACAGAAAUUUUGAAAGAUGUCGACAAAAUGGUGAAAUACUUCAGCGAACAGUUAAAAGAGUCAGGACUUUUGGAUAAAACCGAUAUCAUCCUCCUGUCCGAUCAUGGAAUGGAUACAUUUUACUUCAACAAAGAAAGUGUUGACAAAAGCAUUAUCAAUCUCAAUCGAGUUGUUAGCAAAGAAUCAUGCAACAUGUACGGAUCGUCACCGGUUCUUCAAGUAAUUGCCAAUGAUGGAUACAAUCAAACGGAGAUAUGUAACAAGCUAAAAGAUGGUGCUGCACAAAAUGGCAAUUACAAGGUCUAUGCCAACGAUGAUUUAGACGAACAAAAUUGGCACGUUCGCAACACACAUCGAUUUGGACCUUGUACAGUCGUGGCACAGCCAGGCUUCGUUUUUCAAGACAUGUGGGACAUGCUGAAGAAAUACACUGAUUUCGAAAAACUUACACCUGAAUCAAAGUUCGGCUGCCAUGGUUAUGACAAUCGAGCGUCGAGCAUGCAAGCGGUGUUCAUGGCCAAUGGACCUCGGUUCCGGAAGGGUGUCGAAAUCCCAUUCAUGCAGAACAUCGACUUGUACCAUUUAUUCGCGAGAUUGCUCAAUAUCGAAGAACUAACAGCGGGCCUUGACAUCGAUGGUACCGACCGACGAGAACUAUGGAACCAAAUGUUGCAGAAGCAAAGCAGAAACACAUUCUUCUCCAAAUUAGUAUCGAAAAUGAGAUCAGGAUCAGCCAAAUUACGGUCGAAAUUCAAAUCAGCAUGACUCUUCAUUUCUUCAAAGUUAAAUUAUUAUUUUUAAAAAAGAUUAAAAAGAGAUAAAUUCUUUUUUAGUAAUUGAUAUGUUCGAGAUAAGGGUUAUAACCCUUUCAUAAUUAUAAUGAUUGAAAUACAGGAAAUUCAAGAUAGUACUUCAAA